AUGUCAAAUAUUUCAGGUGAUGAAGGAAGUUUCUCCUCAGCAAACACUGGGGAAGAAGUUUAUGAAGAAAACGAGCAGCAACAACUACAAAAUCUACCACAUGGCUCAAGUUCAGGACCUUCUGGUGCUUGCAACAGCACUAACUCCACUAAUCAACAACAACAACAGGGAACAAAGAAGAAAAGAAACCUUCCAGGAACCCCAGAUCCGAAUGCUGAAGUUAUUGCUUUAUCACCAACCACAUUAAUGGCAACAAAUAGAUUCGUGUGUGAGAUCUGCAACAAAGGGUUUCAGAGGGACCAAAACCUUCAGUUGCACCGUAGAGGUCACAAUCUUCCAUGGAAACUGAAGCAAAGAGCAACCACUGAGGUGGUGAAACGGGUCUAUGUGUGUCCUGAGCCAUCAUGCGUGCAUCAUAACCCAGCUCGUGCAUUAGGAGACCUCACUGGGAUUAAAAAACAUUACAGCAGAAAACAUGGUGAGAAGAAGUGGAAAUGUGACAAGUGCUCUAAAAGAUAUGCAGUCCAAUCUGAUUGGAAGGCCCACCAGAAAACCUGUGGUACCAGGGAAUACAAAUGUGAUUGUGGAACCAUAUUUUCAAGGAGAGAUAGUUUCAUCACACACAGAGCAUUUUGUGACGCAUUAACUGAAGUAAACAACCGAGUGAACCAGGGAUUAACGAGUGGCAUGACACCAAACUUGCUACAAAAUGAAAUGCCGGAUGUUAUGUCAACAAUGCCUCUAAGCACAAGUUCCAACACUGUAUCAGAAUUCAGCAACUACGACCCAAAGAACACACUCAGAAACCUCACCCAAGAACUUGUCCCAAGUCCAUUCAAGUCCAUAAGCAUGGGUGGGGGCAUGUUCUCUACCACUUCAGGCACACUUUUUGGUGGUCCAAAAAACAUGUCUCCAUCUUCUUCCAACCUUCAACUCAGUUCCAACAACUCCAUUGGUUUCAAUUACUUCCAAGACAGCAAAAACGGUGGCCUAAUUUCUGGCUCAGCUCACAUGUCAGCAACAGCUUUAUUACAGAAAGCAGCACAAAUGGGUGCCACUGCAAGCAAUAGCAUUAACUCUCCCAUGAUGCAUAAAAGCUUUGUUAAUAGCAUUGCUUCUCCUAACCAUGUCUCUUCCCCUAGACCACCAUAUUCUGUUGCUAUACAACAGCUUAAUUCUUCUUCCUAUGACCACUUUAAUCCACACCCUGACCAAUCUCACAUGGCUGGGGUUAGUGGUGUUGGAGCCUUCACCAAUAACCAAUUAUUUCAGAAAGGACAACAAGACAUAUCACUAAUGUUUGAUUCUAACACUACCGUUUCAACAAUGAAUGAUAUGGGAAUGUUCAGUCCAAUGUUCACGGGAAGUGACAGCAACAUAGGAUUGAUGAAGAAUGUGGAACAAGAGUUUGGUACUAGCUCCAAGGUUCAUGACUUCUUGGGGGUUGGGGCUUCAACUUCAAGGGCACCAAAUUUGCUUGAACCCCAGAAACAACAACAACAAAGAUUGGAGUUAGAAGCAUUCACCCACCAGAGUUUGCAAGUCAUGAAUCACUUUCACAACCACCUUCCACAUGGAGAUUGA